AUGCCGACGCAUGGUCAGAUGAUGGUGAAUGUAAUUUCUGAGGAUAAAAGUAAAAUCGGGGUGAUGGAUGUGGAUCAGUUGAGGACCCCAAUGUCUGUGGUCAAGAGACAUUUGUUAAAGAAUGGAGUUUUUCCUGGUUGUGAUGAUUACUGUGCUGCUUGUACUGUAACUGCAAAUGGGUGUGUAAUGAUGAGGGAGACGGUUCAGAAAAUGAUGGAUGAGGGGAGUAUCCGAUUCGAGAAAGUUGCUUUGGAGAAUGAGGAUAUUUCAACGAUAACCAUUUAUUUUGAUCCUGUCCACUUGUCAGGGCCGGCAGAUGUGGCUCCAAUUACCAUCACGGUACCUGGACCUAUUCCGUAUGAAAGUGAUGGUGUUGUGCCCUGGGACUAUGGUGGUGAUGUCGGGAGGUUGUUUGCACCUAACACGUUGAGAGGUGGUGACGUAGAAAAAGAACAGAGAGAUAAGGCCGAGGCUUUAGCCAGGGAAAAAGGAAAGCAGGUGGUGAACGAGGAUACUCCUAGAGCGGCACAGGCGCCUGUUGAGCCGGAAAGUGAGUUUGACGCUGAAGCCGAGGAGUUUUUGAGAAUUAUUAAGAAGUUUGAGUACACACUUAUUGAUCAUUUGCAGCAGACUCCGUCCAAAAUUUCGAUAUUAUCUUUACUAUUGAGUUCAGAAGGUUAUAGAGAUGCUUUGUUGAAGAUCUUGAAGAGGGCCUACGUCCCGCAGGAGAUUACAGUCAAUCAAUUAGAGACAGUGGUAUCGAGUGUUAAUGCCAACCAUGGGUUGGGUUUCACUGAUCUCGAUCUUACUAUGGACGGGCGCAAUCACAAUAAGGCCUUGGCUAAAUUGGACUGCGAGGGAUUGACUUUGAGGCCUACUGAUCUGGUGGUUAGAGCGUUUGAUGGCUCUAAAAGGGCUGUGUUCGGGGAAGUUGAGCUCCCCGUAAAGAUUGGUCCUGAGAUGUUAAAGUAUAUCUUGGAUGGGCAAGUCGUGACAAUUUGCGGUGAGGAGGAUAUUUUUGUCAGCCAGUUGUCAUCAUUUAAGUAUGUGGAAAUGGACGGUGAAAUAUUCGAAACACCAAGCCAGGCGUUUGAAACUGUCAAGGUGGAGAAUGCCGUUUUCGCCGAAAGAGAGAAGAAGUCGUCCAUUGCUUCUUAUAAACAGGAUGUGGAGGUGGUGAAAAGUGGAGAGGCCCCAGGUUGGGGAAGAGUGAUAGAUGUUGUGGUGAAGGAGGAUAAGUUUGGGAUUGGUUAUCAGUCAGGCCAAGGCUCGUCUGGACAGAAUAAAGGUCGUCGCCAACCGUUCACAUUCACCAGUGCUGGAAUGCUAGAUCCAGGCCGUAUCUGUGCUGUGGGUGAAGAGACUGACAGUGACUGCGAGCUCGACUCAUGGAUAAAACCGUGCAUACCAGGAAUGGAGAUUCAGAACUGGAAAGCCGAAAAGAUCAUCACUGUCUAA